AUGGCCGUCAUUCAGGCGCCUAUCGGCUUCUUCGCGUCUGACGAAAGGGUCUUCACAGUCGGGGACUUGGCGGUCAGCAACACAAUCCUAUUCACAGCAAAUAUCGGUCUCGGUUUCUAUGUCUACUACCGCCAUCACUUGCACCGACUUCGACCAUGGGAUCGCGUAGAAUUCAGUGUUUUUUCAACCACCAUCUUCAAUUUUGGCAGCUUAUUAGCUGCGGUUCUUAUUAAAGCCCUGUUACCCAACAAGACACCCUCAUGGACACGGUGUUUGUUGGGUUCGGCACUGAGUGUCUAUCUUCUAUCGAGAGCAUACAAGUAUCUGCGUUAUGUGGAUGAAAGAUCUGCCAGGAAGUCGCCCACACCACGAAGUGUUCGUUCUCCAGUCGUGCAUAUGGAGAAGAACGGUCGCACUUCGUACGUACCGAGCCAUCACGUCAACGCACAAGAGAAACCUGUAGUCGCCAACGGUCAAGAGACCGCCAACGUCGCCAACGGACACGGCAGCCAGACACUCCAUGACGGCGAUGCCUCAAGUGGAUACGGCACGUUGCGGAAUGACGCGUCCUUACCGCUGCCAUAA